UUGCUGUUGGACGACCCCCUCUUUUCUCGUCCCCUGCAACCCUCCGAUCCUCCGAGCCUCCCCUCCCCUCUCCUCCAGCAGGCCCGCCUUUCACUUGCCUCGGGCUCAUGCUUCGACCAUGGCUUCGGCAGUGCCCACGAGCAACCCGCUCGCUCGCCUGCCCGCAAUGCCAUCUCCCCCGGCCGCAGUCUGCCAGGCGCACCUCUAGCCCCCUCCCUGCCUGGUCCGUCUCGCAACCAUUUCGAUCCCUCCAAACAACCGCGACCGAGUCGCAGGACCGCGUCCCCCUUCGAAAACAGCUCAAGCAGGACGCCAAGGCCGUCAAGGCGCGCAAGCGACAGACACGAGAGAAUGAGGAGGCCUCCCGGCAGAAGUGGGAGUUGACGGUGGGAAUUGAGAUCCAUGCACAGCUGAACACCGAGUCCAAGUUGUUUUCUCGAGCGCCAACGUCAUCUACGGAUCUUCCCAACUCGAAUGUUGCCCUGUUCGACCUGGCGUUUCCGGGGUCCCAGCCGGAGUUUCAAAUCGCAACGCUCCUCCCCGCCCUCCGCGCCGCCCUUGCUUUGAACUGUGACAUUCAGCCGGUCAGCAAAUUCGACCGGAAACACUACUUCUACCAGGACCAGCCGGCAGGAUAUCAGAUCACCCAGUACUAUGAGCCAUUUGCAAAGAAUGGCUAUGUGGACCUGUUCAGCCACGACGGCAUUGCGCCCGAAGACGGCGACAUGGUUCGCAUCGGCAUCAAACAGGUCCAAAUGGAGCAGGAUACCGCGAAAUCCCAAGAAUACCCGCCCUCGACGCAACUCCUCGACUUCAACCGUGUCUCCCAUCCACUCGUCGAGAUUAUCACCAUGCCGCAGAUCCACACACCCGCCACCGCAGCGGCCUGCGUUCGAAAGAUUCAGUCUAUCUUACAGUCGUGCAAUGCGGUGACAACCGGCAUGGAGCUGGGAGGUCUGCGGGCUGACGUCAACGUCUCCAUCCGCCAGCGGGGGGACGCAGCGGGCGCGCAUCAGUACGGCGGCAUCGGUGGACUCGGGCAACGCACAGAAAUCAAGAAUCUGAGCAGUUUCAAGGCUGUGGAGGAUGCCAUCAUUGCGGAGAAGAACCGACAGAUUGCUGUCCUCGAGAGCGGCGGGGUGGUGGCAGGCGAGACCCGGGGCUGGACGAUCGGAAGCACGGAGACGCGCAAACUGCGAGGCAAGGAGGGGGAGGUCGACUACCGCUACAUGCCUGAUCCUGAUCUGCCGCCCCUUUACAUCGGCGCGGAUCUCGUGUCGGAGCUCCGAAACACCCUCCCGACAUCCACGGACGCACUCAUCGAACUGCUGGCGGGGCCAGAGUAUGGUCUGCCCCUCGAGGACGCGAAGCCGCUGGUGGAACUUGAGGACGGCGCUCGGUUGGAGUACUACCAGGAGGUCGUGGACCUACUGCGGGCGCUGCAAGAGGACCAGGGUCCCAAGGCGCAGAAAGGACUCGCGCGCGUGGCGGGGAACUGGGUCCUUCACGAGCUUGGGGGAUUGUUGACCAAAGCGGACCUGGCGUGGGAUGGGGAGCGGGUUCCUGCCCCGACCCUGGCCGCCCUGAUCGACCAGCUGCAGCGGCAGCGCAUCACGGGCCCGACGGCGAAGCAGGUGCUGGCCAUGGUGUUCGAGGGGGAUGCGCGGGCGAUCCCUCAACUACUGGAAGAGGAGAACCUACUGCUGCGGCCGCUAUCGCGGGAGGAGUACGUGGCACUGGCCGAGGCUGCGAUCAGCCUCAACCCGUCGAUGGUCGAGCAGAUCCGGCAGAAGAACCAACUGGGCAAGCUGGGUUGGUUUGUCGGACAGAUGAUGCGGAUGGGCGAAAAGGGGCGGGUGGAAGCCCCCAAGGCGGACGCGAUCCUGCGGGAGCUGAUUCUGGAGGGCCGGAGUUGAUGUAAUCACUAUUCAUCAAACGUAGAUGGUAGCUGUUCAUGAUACCCAUUCCCGGCACGGUCUCCCCGCCGUCACGACUGUGACCACCAUGAAAUCCUGCGAGCGAAUUCCCGCAUGACCAUCCCGUCACUAUCACGGCGUAGCAUUCCGAGCGUAUCUUGGACGAAUCGAUUGCUAAUGGAAACGGGCGGUGGAGUGAAAAGGGCCGCCGGGGCGGGCAUCUCUCCUCGACCUGUACUUAGGGGAAGGCCUGAUCCCUAAAAGCAGGUCUUAGCGAUCGCGAUGCCCCACGGCCGCCCGCCCUUUUAACCCGG